CCUUCCCAUUAUACCCUUCCCGAACCACAUAAAAACCUUCAAUUCUUCUUCUUCUUCAGAGAAAAUAAUUCCAAUCUUCUCCUCUCUCCUUCUCUUACUGUCCGACUGGAGUAAGGGAAAAAGACAUGGAGCUUGUCACUUAUUCCAAAACUAAUCCCGACAAAAAUCAAAAUCCCCCCAAUCUCCCCUGGCGAGACAUGUUCCGAUCCGCCUCCAUCCGACGCCCCUCCGACGCCCCUGCCACUCCGUCCGACGCGGCCCCCACUCCAUCUCCACCGUCCGACCCCGACAAAACCCCAUCCCCAGACUCCUCGAGCCAAAUCCCCACCGUCGAACCCCACGCCCGCCUCGCCCUCUACAUCGCCAUGGCUCACGCCGGCCUCCUCUUCACAGCUUUCCUCUUCUACGGCCUUUUCAAGCUCUUGGAAGAAUACCUCCGUCCGAUCCAAUGGGCCAUUCUAUGCUCUAUCCCCCUCCGUGGCAUCCAGACCGCCCUCGUCAGCUUCUGGUCCGAACCCCUGAAAUCCGGCCUCCCUGAGACUCUGUUUGCCGUUCCCGACGCGAUCCUCCGAUCGUCUGCAGCUACUUUCUCCGACAUCCGCUCUGCCUGCUUCCGCCUUGCACUCCGCCGCAACAGCGGCGACAAGCCCGGACCCGACCCGAAGCGGGCCCGCCCCGGGUUCACCCGUCUCGUCCGCUGGCUCGUCUCGUUCUGGGUCUUCGUCCUGGCCUACGAGAAGUUCGGCCUUGGAUCAAUCCUCCUCUCUGGUUUUGGGCUCGCAUCUGCCUACGGUGAUGUGAAUUCGACCAUCUCGGCCGUCCGGUCGUUCCACCUCAACAGCCUCUCUCGUCGUCGUCGUAGUAGAUUCAGUGGGUUUCUGACGAGUAGGAUCCUCAAGCAAUUGAAGACGAUCGUGGCCGUAGGAUUGAUCCUGGGGAUGAUUGUGGGGUUCUUGUUCGGCGGCUUCUUCUUCACUUACAAGAUUGGGGUUGAGGGGAAGGACGCAGUAAUUUCUCUGAAAGAGCAUGUACAGAAGAGUAAUUACGCCGAGAGGAUGGGCAUCAAGCAGUGGAUGGACGACAACGACGUGCCGGAGAUGAUAGACCAAUACACUGGAAAAUUCUAUGAGACGGCAUUGGAGCAGAUCGAUAGCCUGGCUAAGCAGUACAAUCUGACAGAAUUUGUGGACGGGAUCAAGCAAUUCAUCUUUAAACCGUCUGUCGACUCGUCGGCCCAGCCUUCAACGGCUCUGAUGGCUUCGCCGCACCCAUACAUGGAAAAACUCCAGAGUCUGAAGACCCGUGUUGGCAAUCGGGAGUGGGGGCUGAUAUACACGGAGUUGGAUGCAAUCUUCCGGGAGUUCCUGAUCACUAGAGAGGAUUUGGUCCAGCGGGCGAAGGGAUAUGCUGUCCAAGGGAUCGACGUCUCGAGGCGGGUGCUUGCGAGUGGGAAGUCUGUCAUUGGUGGGAGUGCGAGCUUCCUCUUCUCUGUCGGUGUCUCAAUCAUCUCUGGUGCGGCAGGCCUCCUGAACUUCGUCUCACAAUUGAUGGUCUUCUUCUGGUUGUUGUACUACCUCAUCACGUCGGAGGCCGGCGGGGUGACAGAGCAGGUGGUGGGCAUGCUCCCGAUCUCAAAAUCGACAAGAAUCCGGUGGGUUGAGGUCCUCGAUCAUGCAAUCAGCAGUGUCCUUCUGGCUACAGCCAAGAUUGCAAUCUUCCAGGGAUGCCUUACAUGGCUGCUGUUCAGAUUCUUCGGGAUACAUUUCGUGUACACAUCGACUGUCCUUGCUUUCAUCAGUCCCUUGUUUCCAAUGGUGCCCACGUGGUUGUCAUCGAUCCCCGCAGCUGUGCAGUUGAUGAUGGAAGGGCAUUAUGUUUGGGCCGCCAUCCUGUCGGUUGUUCAUCUCAUGCUGAUGGAUUACGGGACGUCAGUCAUUCAGGAGGAGAUACCAGGCCACAGAGGUUAUCUCACGGGCCUCAGCAUCAUCGGUGGGAUGGCCUUGUUCUCGUCUGCAUUGGAGGGGGCUAUCAUGGGUCCUCUGAUAUUGACGGUCGUGAUCGCCUUGAAGAAUUUGUAUGCGGAGUUUGUGCUGGUGGAUGCAGAGGAAUGAAUGAGACGGGUAUCUUCAUGCAGAAAAUUCACCGGGAAUUCCCGAUUCCAUGCACUUGUGUGAAGAAUUUCUGUAUCUCUUGUUCGGGCCGUUCGCCAGCACAAAUGGAGGCGAAAUGGGAGACAUUUUUUUCACGAAGAUUGUCAGUGGGGGGUGGCCCGUCUGUACUUGUGUGGUAUAUUUAUUCAUUUUUUAUUGAUUUUACUUCUCUAUGAGAUAGAAUUAUUAUUAUUCAGGGUGUGUGUUGUAAUAUUUUGCUCAGAAUCUCAACUUUUGGAUGUUUGAAGAGAAACCUGUACACUUCUUUUUUUUGGUGUAUCGUUUAGAUGUGUAAUUUUUGUGGUGAAAUGGAAGGUGUGAUAAUAUUUUUGUGUUGUAA